CCGCGCCCCGCGCUGCCCUCCGCCUCGGCUCGGCGCUGCCCGCACGGCUCCGGCUGGUCAGUUCGCCGUGCCGCGGGCUUUCCCCGUCCGUCCGCGCCGCGGGCUGCUCGCCGCUUGUUCCCCUGGGCUGCCUGUCAUUGCGCACCUCUCGCCCCCCGCUCUGUGCCCGUGACCGGGUGUCCCCCCGCCCUGCUCCGCCGCCCCGGAUCUUCCCCCGCCGCCGGGGAUGGCGCCGCGGACAGCGCCCGUGCGAGCCUGAGCCGGCCGGGGCGAACCCCGCCGCGCCGCGGGAGGAGGAGGAGGAGGAGGAAGGAAGAGAGAUGAACCGCUUCCAGCCCGGGGUCGCGCUGCUGCUCUCGCUGCUGUGGGAGUGUACAGAGGCCAAAAAGCAUUGCUGGUACUUUGAAGGAUUAUAUCCUACAUAUUAUAUAUGCCGCUCCUAUGAGGAUUGCUGUGGGUCAAGAUGCUGUGUCAGAGCUCUCUCCAUCCAGCGCCUGUGGUACUUUUGGUUCCUUUUGAUGAUGGGAGUUCUGUUCUGCUGCGGAGCCGGUUUCUUCAUCCGAAGGCGGAUGUACCCUCCUCCACUAGUAGAGGAACCUACUUUUAACGUGUCUUACACCAGACAACCAGUCAACACUGCAUCAGGGCCGCAGCAGCCCGGAGUGCCCUAUUACACAGAGCCGGGGGGAGCCGUGAUGAACCCCAUGGCCAUGGCCUUCCACGUGCAGCCCAACUCCCCGCAAGGAAACCCCGGCUACCCGCCGCCACCUUCCUACUGCAACACCCCUCCUCCCCCCUACGAGCAGGUGGUCAAAUCCUCCACGUGAGGCUCUGCCCUGACCCCACAUGAGCCCUGGGGCUCUGCCCUGACCCCACAUGAGCCCCGGGGCUCUGCCCUGACCCCGACUCCGAGCGGAACAGUCGCGCCGAGGCCGCUCACCUUUGGGAACACUCACGUCGUUGUCCCCAUCCCUCUCCCUUCCCUGCACCUUCCCUCAUUAAACUUACUUGCAAAGGGGUGAUUUUAAAUACUUUUACCUUUUUUGUUUCCCUUUUUCCCCCCCCCCCUCCUUUUGGGUUUAUUUUUUUAGGACAAGUGUUUCUUUGGCCUUCGAAAGGAGAGGAGGCACCUUUGUAAUGCUUUUAAUGGAAACCUGUAUUUAAAACCUGGCUGUCUUUCUCUUUCUUUCUUGCUUGGUUCAGCUGGUCCCAGUUGCAUGGUGGCAGGCUGCUGCUGGCAGCCCCUUGUGUGAGACCCAGAGCAGAAAUGCCUCCAGCUAAGGGGGGGGGUGACAAAGGGGAGAAGGGGCAGAGCAAUGGGGUGUUUUUGCUAGAAAUAGUGACUGUUUUCUUGUACAGUUUGGUGCUGAGGUGUAACAGACACAGAGAAGUUGUCAGCCCCUGUGCCAGGCUGCCCAGGGAGCUGGGGGAGUGCCCAGCCCUGGAGGGUUCCCAAAGCCUUGGAGCUGAGGGCUGUGGGUCAGUGCUGGGCUGGGCAGGGUGAGGACUGGGACUCACCUCCUGGGACUCCAGAAGCUUCCAUAAAGGUCUUUCCCAAUAUGAUUCUAUGACUGCAGCACUGGUGUCAGCUGAGUCAGGGCAGGGGCUUUACCCACUGCCUUAUACAAGAGAGCUGUUACCUUGAAGUGAGGGAGAGCCUUGGGUGCAGCAGUGGGGUUGUGUGAGGCAGUAACCUCAGCACCGCUGCUGCUCGGGCCUCAGGACAAGUGGGGUCAGAAACACAGAGGAAAGUUGUCUUCCCUGACUUGGCAGAUGAGGAAGAGUGGGAGCAGGCUGCCAGCUUUGCUCCCUUUGAUGGUGAAGGGAGCUGUGUCCCUGAGAAGGAGCAGCUGCCACGGAGCAGCACAGAGAGCUGUCGUCUCCAGGUGAGAUCCCUGUACCGCUGCUCUGCUCACUAGGGCAGAUAAACGGGUAACUAUUGGGGGCUGGUGCCCAAGAGCAGGCCCUGGCCCAGCUGCACAGCUCCUGCAUUUGCUGUGUGUGGCCUCAGGAUUCCCAACUCAGCCUCAGCAAGUGACCUCAGCACACAUCGAGCUACAGGCGGAGCCCGGUUACCUGCGCAGCUCUCACACCCCUCGGUACCAGCAGCACCGGAGCCGUGACAAAAGGAACUGCUGAAGGACCUGUGGAGACAGCCUGGCUGAGGGAUGGAGGCCUAAAGCAGAGGAGCACCAAGUGCUGCUGCUGGAGCUGCUGCUCAGCUGGAGCAGAGUCAGCUUUGGAGCAGCUCAGUCCCAGAGAGCCGAGGGCAGAAGCCUGUGGCUGGUGUUCCCUGCGUGUGCAGCAAGGGCUGGAGGGGAGCUGGCAGUGAGUGAGUGUGAGUGCAGCUCCCUCUGCUCACCCAGCCUCUGGGGGGGCUGAAGCAGUGGGCAGUUGAUUAAGUUCAAAGCUGUGCAUGUCUGAAGAUGCUGGUGUGUAAAUGAGAGCCUUCUGAAAGCAAACCCAAGCUGGCAUUGGCUGGCAAUGCAAGUGGCCACAGCCCUUGUGUGGCUGGCUCCAGGGUGUUAAGUCUGUUUCUGUUCCCAAAUGUAUCCUGGGCAACCUUGAACAGAAGCUUUUGCUAAUGAAUCCUUGUGCUGGUCCUUGAAAUGCAACUUAUGGUGCAGUUUCCCUGAGGUCUGGCUGGUUGAUUGGCUCAUGCUGCCAGCUGACACUACCUCUUACAGCACCUACCUGAAAUACAGCCCUUCCUCACCAGCUCUUCCCAUGCCUUCCCUCUCACUGCCUCCCUGCUGCAGCUUCUGGGGUCUUUGUCUUCCUCUUGCAGUGUUAAACAAAAAAGGAAGGGGGAGGAGGAAGAAGGAAGA